AUGGUUGGCGACGAUUUAACUCCUCUUCCUCCAAAGUACGAGCCGUUAACUGAUUAUUACCUUCAUCCGAGUGAGGGUUCUCAAUUGGCGAUUUGUCCUGUGUUGCAUACCGUCGACAACUAUCAAAAGUGGUCGAGAUCGAUUCGCAACAACCUUCGUUCCAAGAGCAAGCUUGGUAUUUGUUCUACUGUCAUUAUUCCUGAUGAUGCUAAAACUUUAUGGGAUGAUUUAUGUGAUCGUUAUUCUCUUGGUAAUGGCCCUCGUAUUUUUGAAUUGAAACAUGAUUUUAAUGAUUGCAAGCAACGAGAUCGUUCUGUUGUAGUUUAUUAUGGUGAAUUGAAUAAAUUGCAGAAUUUGUUGUCUAGUUAUGUGAAAUUUCCUGAUUGUUCUUGUUCCGCUGCGAAAGAAUAUACUAAGUUGCAUGAGAAUGAGUCGUUGCAUCAGUUUUGUCUUGGUUUGGAACCUAAGAAGUUUGAUUUUGUUGUGUCUACUUUGUGUGAUGAGUGA